AUGAACGUUACAGAUUGUUCAGUCAGUAAUAAUCCACUGGCCAGACUAAAUAAGCACAAUGAGAGACAGUCUAAGAAUUAUAAUAACGUGAGCGGUUCGAGGCUUAAUAGUGAACAAAUCAAGUCAUCUCAGAAUGAUUUUAAGACUGCAACACACGUUAUGAGUAACACUAGCAGGCAAAUGAUGAACAAUUUUAUUAAUCCUAUGGUUGCAUCAUCAGGAGCGGCUCUUAACAUGGGUCAUUCCCCAAUGCAAACGGCCAAUAGCCCCAUGGACGCUAUAAGGUCUCAUCAAGUGCCUUCCCCUCCUCAUGAACAGGCUAUUAGUUUUAAACCAACUGCCACUGGUUCUUGGUCGACUGAGUUUCAAAAAGACGGUCUUGUCAGUCAGAAAGUCCCCGCCGCUGUUGCAAAGUCUGACUCAUUUAGACAGAAUCAUUUUCAGCAACCUUUGCAUCCUAAUCUGAGGUACUCUAGAACUAUGGUACAAUCAAGUCAAUUACCUUUGCAACAGAGGGAGAUCAUUACACCAUCUGCCUCACAUAAUGCUACAGCUGACUGGGAUCAACAAUUCAAAGAUUUGGAAAAUGAAGUUUCACAGACAUUAAAAGUUAGUGAACAAGAUACAGAUGCAAUCAUAGAUACAGAUUAUCAAACAGAUUUUCAACACGUUUGGGAUUCUCUCCAACAGGAUCAAGAUGAGCUAAUCAAUACUAGAAAAUAUGGUACUAGAAUUCAUGAGAAUGCCAUAUACAAUUUUGCUACUGAAAACGAAUAUAAAGAUAAUGUCAAUGCUUACAAAAUUGGUUGUAUACUUAUGGAGAAUGGCGCGAAAUUGAGUGAAGCCGCAAUGGCGUUCGAAGCUGCAGUACAACAGAAUCCCACUCAUGUGGAUGCAUGGUUGAAAUUGGGCCUUGUACAAACACAAAAUGAGAAGGAAAUAAAUGGGAUUAGUGCCCUGGAGACUUGCUUGAAAUUGGAUCCAAAAAAUCUAGAAGCUUUGAAAACUUUAGCCACAGGGUACAUCAACGAAGGUUAUGAUAUGAGCGCAUUUAUUACUUUAAGUAAAGUCAUCGAAUCAAAAUAUCCUAAUCUUGAUUCUUCCAUUGAUCAAGAAAUUAAUUUAUUGGAAAGUGAAUUGGAAGAUCCACCAAAUUUAAAUGAAAAGAUAACAAAGAAAUUUUUGAAACUGGCAAAUCAAUUACCUGGCGUUGAUUCAGACAUCCAACUAUGCCUUGGAUUAUUGUAUUAUGCUAAUGAUGAUUUUGACAAGACUAUCGAAUGCUUCAAAGCUGCAUUGAAUGAAAACCCAACGGAUGAAUUGAUGUGGAAUAGACUAGGUGCCGCUCUGGCAAAUUCAAAUAGAUCGGAAGAUUCUAUCAAAGCAUAUUAUAAAGCAAUACAGUUGAAGCCAUCUUUUGUAAGAGCUCGUUAUAAUCUUGCCGUGGCGUGUAUGAAUAUUCAUUGUUAUAAGGAAGCUGCAGAACAUCUUCUUACAGCAUUAAGCAUGCACGAAGUAGGGACCCCCAACGGAAAAGCUAUCCCAGAAGGCCUCGUCAUCGAUUCUCACAACGAUAAUAUAAUGGAAACAUUGAAAAGGGUCUUCAUUGCAUUAAACAGAAAUGAUUUGGCAGAUAAGGUAGAACCACGAAUGAAACUGGCAGAAUUCCGCAAUGAAUUUACCUUCUAG